AUGUUGCAGGAAUAUAAUAUCGCUCGGACUAGUAACGUCGCGAAAAACGCUGAGAGAGAAGUUUCAGAAGCAGAGGCGGCGAGAGAUGAAGCAAGUGCGGUAAAGGAGAUCUCCGAAGAGAAGUCUCUAGAGAUAUUGAUAUCAUUUCUCAAGCAAAACCAGAUAAUGAGGGGGAUAGGGAAUCAGAUAUAUCGAUGUCAACAUCUUAUCACAACCACGACACAAAACCUACUCGAAGAGAGUUGUUUUGAGUUUGCUCACCAGCAUUUUCCUUGUAUUUUGGCAAUAAAAGGCUGGGUUUAUCCUAAGACGAAUCUCAUCUCUCAACAUCCUCUGCAGCCAGCGGAAGGCAUAAAUAAACCAAUCGACGAAGUAUUUGGCCUUCUUUAUGAGUUAAGAUACUCUGCAGCCUAUAGACUUCGAAAGACUUCGAAUGGUAUUGAACAACUUGCCGAAAACAUAAAGCUUUUUCUUAAAGCCUUGGAUGAUGUAUUGCGUUCAGAAAAGGUUUCUGUGCUUCGAAGAGAGCUGAAAGGCACAAUUGAAGAGCUCAAACGCAACAAGGAUCUCUUAGAAGGGAGACUACAUACACAACUCAAGGAUGUAUAA